AUGAUAUAUGCAAUUCCAGUGCCUGUAUGGUCCGGAGUAAACAUUGCCGGAAUCAGUCUAGCAAAAGUGAGCAGGGAAGUGGGUAAAGAAGAGGAAGCCGCAUCGUGGCAAGCAGCUCUUCACCGGGAAGUGAUCGACAGUGCCUACAAAAUCAUCAAGUUAAAGGGCUACACCUGCUGGGGAAUUGGGCUAUCUGUUGCAGCAAUAGCAAAGGGCGUCAUAAGAAACUCACAUAAGGUCUAUGCACUUUCAGUGAAUGUGAAGCUCAGUACAUACAAAGCAUAA